GGAGGUGGUGUUUGCAGUCAGAGAGUCAAAGGCAAGUGAAGGUGGAAAGACAGACGGAGCGACCGAGCGCAGCCGCCGCGGACGAGAGGGAGGCAGGCAGACAGACAGACAGACGCGCGGACAGUGGGAGCCAUGACGGAGCUUCAAGAAGUGCAGAUAACUGAGGAGAAGCCACUUCUGCGAGCCCCAGGAGCACCUGAUCCGGGCAAGGAUGCUGAACUGAUAGCAGCCAAACUUCUGCAGGAACAAGGCCAGAAACACACAGUGGAGACACCUUAUGGGGUUGUGACAAUCACCAUCCAUGGGACACCCAAGCCCAAACGUCCAGCCAUCCUCACCUACCAUGAUGUGGGACAAAACCAUCUUUCGUGCUUCGACACCCUCUUCCACUUUGAGGACAUGCAAGAGAUCAUAAAGAACUUCGUGGUGAUACAUGUGGACGCGCCUGGCAUGGAGGAGGGGGCCCCGGCCUUCCCUCUGGGGUAUCAGUAUCCCUCGCUGGACCAGCUGGCUGACAUGAUCCCGUGCAUCUUGCAAUAUGUGAACUUCACCAGCAUCAUCGGAAUUGGAGUCGGAGCUGGCGCCUACAUCCUGGCACGCUACAGCCUCUCUCAUGCAGACACCGUGGAGGGGUUGGUUCUGGUCAACAUUGACCCCAAUGCCAAGGGCUGGAUGGACUGGGCUGCUCACAAGCUGACUGGCCUCACAUCCUCCAACUCUGAGAUGAUUCUGCAACAUCUCUUCAGCCAGGAGGAACUGUCCAAGAACACUGAGCUGGUGCAACAACAGCGGCAUGUCCUGAGUCAUGCAACCAAUUUGCCCAAUAUCCAGCUCUACUGGAGCAGCUACAACAGCCGCAGAGACCUGAGCUUGGAGCGCGGAGGAGACAUCACUUUCAAGUGUCCUGUGAUGCUGGUGGUGGGAGACCAGGCCCCUCAUGAAGAUGCAGUGGUGGAGUGCAAUUCCAAACUGGACCCUACCCAGACUUCUUUCCUCAAGAUGGCAGAUUCUGGAGGACAACCACAGCUGACCCAGCCUGGUAAACUGACUGAGGCUUUCAAGUACUUCGUACAAGGCAUGGGAUACAUGGCUUCGUCCUGCAUGACGCGCCUCUCCCGCUCGCGCACCGCCUCUCUGUCCAGUGCCGCCUCAGGGGACGGGAACCGCUCCCGCUCGCGCACGCUGUCCCAGAGCAGCGAGGCGGGGGCACCUCAGCCGCCAGCCCCCACCAUGGAGGUGUCCUGCUGAGCGCCGGGCCAGGGGACGAGGCCGCCUCCCACCUCUAAACAGGACUUCUUCUGCUAUCCCACAAUGCACUCCGGCCACUGGGCCAUGUGACGAUCUCCCCUAACGGUACUAAACGUCCAGGGAGGCCCAGAUGGGAUGCAAUUGUACUCUUUUUAAAACAAACAUUAACUCCCCUUGACCCUUCCUUCUCACCCAACACAUACACACCCUCCCUCGCCAACCCUGCCCUCUUCUCUCCCAUAACCUCAAGACUAGUGUCGGCCCCCCACCCCGGUUCCCUUAGUGACCCCCCUCGGCACCUAGGGAGGUAUGGAUGGAAUACUAUACAUUUUCUAAACUGUUAGAUCAUCCUGCACCUGUUCUGAAUUUCUCCUCAAUCCUCCCUCCUUUUGCACACUUAGGUUCCUUAAUAAGGGAAGUCUGGAUUAGCGUUGGGUUUCUUUUUUUCUUUUUUUCUCUCCUGUCUAGAUCAUAACUAACCAUGGUUCCUCCUCCCCCUGAUUUCUGAGUGAUUCGUUCUUGGAGUAGCCUGGAUGGGCAACAGAUUGCCUUGCUAGCUCUCCCUCUCUCUUUGUCCCCUCCGGAGUGUACGUAGGCAAAAAAAAGCAGGACCUCACAAGAGAGACGCACAAGCCCCCUUAGAAGGACUUGUUAUGCUCCUGUCAUGCUGACAUAGUGCCCCCCAGCAUGGCAGUUGCUUCACCCCACCCCCGCCCCCAUCAUCCCUCUGCCCUCCUUACCCGCCUCAUCUCCUGAGAUUUCUGUCCAUUCCGUCUGUCUUGGGAGGUUAGAGUUCCUUCUCCAGGGCCUAGACAACUUCUCUUCUUCCCCAUUCUCACUUCAAUAGAAACGGAGCCCUCAGCCGCUCCUCCUCACCCAUCAUCUAUCUCGCUUUCGUUUCUCAUCUUGCCCGUCCUAUGCAGACACCUCACCUUAGCCAUUCUCUUUCCCACCUGAAACCCCUUGUAGAUGGUAGCUGCGUUGUGAUGUGCAUGUACGGUUCCUGCUAAGACAGCAAGUGAUUUGGGCAGUUAGGGGCAUUUUGGGAGGCUGGGCAAAGCUAAAAUUAGGGGUUGGGGAGGGUGGGGUUGUUCCUUUUUCAGGAUGUUUCAGGGGGGAUGCUGGGAGGGGAGACUUGCUGGAGGCUUGAGCCAGAUUGCUUUGUUGUGACUGUGCCAGGCACAGAUGUCAACAGGCUACAGUUAUACUGGCUUUGUGUAAUGAGAUGAGUGGAGGAGACUCCCGACUGUUAUCGGCUGUGAUUAUUAUUAUUAUUAUUAUUUUUGCAACAAGGGCUGACUGUAGUGGGUUCUGGGUGCUGGCUUUGAGCAGGGCUCUUGUGGUGCCGUGGAGGGCAAACUUUGCGUCAGCUUAACUCUGUAACGGGAUUCCAACUGUAUCAGUUCUCUGAAUGUUAUCAGCUGUAUUAAAAAAAAAAAACCUAAAUGUAUCGAUAGUGUUUGCCAUGUUGAUCUCACAGAAUAAGGAAUCCAAAACAAAUAAGGUAAACUAUUUUCUUGGAACCAGCUGUAGGUGAGGGUAUCCAGUAUGUAAACUUCUGAGUGGCACAGAACGCUUCGUCGAAACCCAGAAUAAAGAGUAGUUUGUGAACCCAAAAGACAAUGGUCCAGUUAGAAAGUCACCUUACCUAUUCUGCAAACCUGAAUAGGCACUGGGGGUUAAUGGUUCAGCUGCCUGUAUAUACGGGCAUUGUUUGAAAUGGAUUCCAGCUGGAAUUUAAACUCCAUCAUGUAAUGGGAUCCUGUUGUAUUUGAGAAUGUGUGGGCUCUGUGUUUUUUUUUUCUCCCCCAGAGCCAUUGAUGGUGAAUUCUGACUCUUAACAAUAAAGUCUCUAGAGGAAUGA